AUGUUCAACCAGCUGAACCUGUUGUUCUGGCUGGUCGAGCCCGCCUCUCCCGCUACGCUCGAGGUCGAAGGCAUUCCUGCAUUGCAGGAUUCCGGCGGCAAAAAUCACCCACCCGACAGCAUGAUCGAGGAAGAGCUCCAGAAGGCUUGUUCAGUCGCGGACCUGGCGUGCUACAUUGCCGCGGGGGACUGGUCCCUCCAGAAAUGCAAUAGCUUCCCCGUACCCUGGACCCCUGGCAAUAAGAACUGGGAACGACGAGCGGAAGACAUGGAUUCGCAACGCAACCGCGGGGUCCUGAUGGCCGUUAAACUCAAGGCGCUAGUGUGCGCCCCAAAUCCCCUACCCAAGAGCAAGCGCGCGCUCAACUCUCUCCAGUCACACGUCUUCCUUCGCUACUACUUAGCGCCGUUUCAACGCGGCCAGUUUUCGGUCGGAAUCCUGAACAUGGGGCGCGAUCUCGACCCGGGAGAGAGCCCCGCAAGAAAGAGGCCCGCACAGGAGACCGCGUCAAGCGAGGCAGCGAGCGAUGCCGAGAAGGAAGAGCCCGUUCAGAAUGAGCUGAUAGAUGAGGAUGUCGAGGAGGGAGAGCUGGUGGAGGACGAGGCGAUGGAUCAGGUUUCACAGGAGGCAGGGAUAACUGGCGAGGGAUUGGAGGGAAUGUUCGAGGAAGGAGGGUGGGUUGACGGUAUUGGUAGUGUGGAGGACGACGCGCUUACUGUUCUGGAAGAAGACCCUCCCACUCUAUGCGAAGACGGUGAGUAUCGGCCUUGGCGCGACAUGGGGUUCGUCGGUAUGGAGUUCGAUUUCCCUGGCAAGAGGUACUACGACUACGACGACGACGCCGCCUGCAAUCUCGAUACGUGA